AUGGACAACAUCGAGCCAUUAGAUGAGGCAAUUUACCUUAUAGAGAUAAAUGAAGUUGUUAAGCAGUACUUGGGCAAGGACAAAGCCAACAAGUCCCUCGGCUGCUGGUUGUCUGGAAGAGGUGCGCUGAAAAUCGAAAUUGAAACCGGAAUUCCAAUUCAAAUACCAGAAAACACUCCUGUAGACGACAUAAAGGAGAUGAAGAAAGAAGCUCUUCUCA